AUGGGUAAGAAGAAGAGUAAGCAACCUCAACCCGAAGAAUAUCACGUCGAAGUGAUAACUGCAGCCAGAGUGCUAGACACACUCGAAUGGGUACGCUCGUUUCCAUGGGCCGGCUACGACUCGGAAUCAGACAGCUGGGAACCACAAGCAAACGUCGAAAGUUGCACCGAACUCCUGAAACGCUUCUGGAAACAUAUAGGGCUUGAUGAUGAAGAUUAUCCAGCCGGACAUGUGUGCGAAGCUAAGCCAUCCUGGAUUAGGAAGGAGAAGAAAAUGUUUGCGAAUAAUUUCCCCGAAGUACUCCAGAAUCAGAAGCAGCGAGCAAAGGCAGAGAAGGCAGCACAGGUCAGGGUCACUGCUGUAGGAGAAGCGUCCCCCGCGGCUUCGUCGUCGUCGAAGACCAAAGGAAAGCGAAAACGUUCGAAGGGAGUCUCGAGUGUUAUAGACGACGAGAGUUCAGAUGGCGAGCCCCUUGCGAAGAAAGCGAAAUCUACCAUCGAUCAGACAAUGCCCAUUACUCGCGAUAAGGGCAAACAAAAGGCGACAGAUUCCCCUUCAUCGCCAGUAUAUUUUGGAGGCGACGUGGCGGAUCUCUUCACGCCUCCCGAUUCUCCAUCAAAGGAGAGUCCUACUCGUCCAGCUGAACCGUCGUCUCCCGAAAUUCCAACGGCCUCUUCUUCGAGUUUCCCUAUUCCAUCUGAACAAAAUUGGCGACGAAAGCUUCAAACUCAAGCUACGGCUCCUCAGACAACGAUCGUUGGUAGUUCUCUAUCCACUAAACAGCGUCUCUCUCAAAAUGCGUUGUCUGUCACUGUACCUAACACGAAAAUAGCCAAGAAAACCUCCUUGGCUGGGCUCAGUUUCAAGAAAAGGCCUGACCCUGGUAUUGCUCCACUAGGUGUCGCAACAAGCUCUACUCCGGGUAGCAUGCCAUUGCCCCGUCGGAAAACUACUGGGGCGGAACCUACCAUCACCGUGCCCGACAGUCCAGUCGCACCUCGGGAAGCUUCAUAUUCAAUGUUUCUCCCCGGGGUCACGCAACCUUCGCCCCCGGUGCAAUCGCCUGUUGACUUCUUCCAAACCACAUUGCCUGCUGAAGAGACGCCUCACUAUGAAGACUAUAAUCCCCAUAUAGAAGACUUCAUAUCGGAAUUGCACUUUCCAAGCCCAAAGAACCAGUUACUAGAUCAAGCUGAACAAUUCUUGCAAGCUGCCAUGCCGUUAGAACUUGCUGCUCCACUCCCGCCUGAACCAUUGGCCAAGCAACAGACGCAAACCAAAGACAUCGUGCAGGAACCCGAGAUUCCAGCACCCGUAGCAACGAUACUUCGUCCGAAAUUACCGCCAAAAGCGCAAACCAAAUACAGUUGGAAGGGACCUCUUUGGUCUGAGGAUGGGGACAAGUCUGAGCACUUAUGUGACAUUUGUCUCACCGAUGUGUCAGAUCCUCUUCCUGAUGGUCUGCGCUUGAACAUUUUGCUCCAAACGGUUGACUCCUUCCGCUGCAAAGGACUGUAUGACCAAAUGGACGUUGUACAAAUACUCCUUGCCUGCAAAAAGACCCCUCAGCAAUUCGCGCGCGUAACCCCCAAGGAGCCCAAAGACACAGAGGCUUUGACAGCGCUCACACGCAGCAUUAAUCGUCUCCGCCAGGCCAUCGUACUCCCCUUAUGUCUAGACAACAAGAUUGUCUCUUUGCUACUUGUCUUCUCUGCGAUCGGGUCAAAGCCACUCGCUCGAAAACUGAGCCUUCCAUCCAAUUACCAACAAUCCAAGACGCCUGUCGCAGUCCUGCUUGCAUGGUCGCUACCCAGCUACGAGCGACAGGAAUGGCGCCACCUCGUGAAUAAAGCAAUAUACCAUAGUCUCCCCUACGAGCCACCUUCGAUAUCGAGAGCCCAAUACCGAAAAAUACGUCAUCUAUGCACGAUGAUGAGGGUGCUCCGCUUUCCCCAGGAUCUUUACGAAUUCUUGAACAGGGCGACUAGAUCUUAUUGUGUAUGGUGGGAAGGUGGCGACGGCGCAUCCAAGCAACAGGGAUGGGAGACAGACACAUUGCAGACAGUGCUGGAGGCUUGCGGUGCUGAGGAUGGCGGCUACAGAAAAAGCGUCCGUGUAGUCUUCGUUCAUGUGGCGUCCAUCCUUACGUUGCAUCGCUUGCCCGAUUUCUUGGAACGAAGGUCAAAACGUCUGGAUGUGUGUUUCUAUACGUACGGUACCCAUCACAGGGUCCCUCCCUCCCUUUGGGGCAUUCGCCCCAUAUACCCAGCCGGUGGCAUUGUCACAUUCACUCCUCAAGCUCUUCUAGGCAACCCAGACGUAUUGCGCAUGAGAAUCAAACAAAUUGUUGCCCAUACCUUCUGGGACUGUUAUGUACUCCCGACAACGGUCGCGAUAGCAUCCUUGUUAUCUGCUGGAAAGAAUGAUCCUUUAGACCUAUUCGAUCGGGGUAAACUGUUCACCGAAUAUUAUCUCCAGAUGAUCGAAGAAGGAGAUAUAGCCAUGAUGGAAGCUCCUCCAUUAGAACCAUAUUUCACAAACCCUAGGGCUCUCGAAUGGCGGGCCGCGACUGAAGCUCAACGUGAUUUUACUCGACGCGAUUAUCUUGAAUAUGCAUUGAAGGAGUUCAAUGCGUCUUACUCUAAUGUACCAGAGUCAGAUUGGCUCACAACGGCUGAGGGUGCUAUAACCAAGGAUCUACAUAUGAUGCAAACUCAACCAUGCUUCAUGUCUGAAUAUCGACGGUUCGUUGUCAUCCGCGGCUCUCAAGAAUCCUAUGAACCGGAUGUGCUCAAAGAUAGCUUUGAAUGGGUGUCCGCCGAACGCUUUGAUUUCAACGACCAACUUUUUGAUAAGUGGAGCCGUAGCCAACUCGAGAAAUUUGACGAGUGGGACUUUCCUAUCUUCUAA